GACAAAGUCGAGCCUAGUGGGUUUGGCAUAAUCAAUCCUGUGUGUUGCUACAUAUUCACAUUCCGUUUUAGUUGUAAAAUUCAAUUAUGGAUUUUCGUAAGCGAUUUACCAGAAGGAAUAUCCCCAAGCUGUGCAUAGGCAAGUCAUCGCUGGAUCGGCUAGCCUUUCGGCCGGAUAUAUACAAUUUUCGCCAUGGCAUUGGCAUAAAGGCAAUCAUUGCCAGAAAGAAAUCGUUGAUGCCCUUCCGGCGGUUCCGGAUGCUCCAAACUAUAAGCGCCAUUGACCUAAUGCCCACUCAAGACCCAACGCUUGCGUGCACUUAUCUGGCUGACAUGGGGGAGAAGCGUCCCCAGCGACCAGGACGCUUUGAGCUGCUGCUGAUUUUGUGCCUCUUGGCCAUUAGCAUCUUUAGUCUUUCCCAAGUGGCAAUGAGCGGCUUUGCGUUCAUAUCGAAGAAGUAUCUGAUACUCAAAGUGUUGGGCUUGGCGCGUUUUGCCAACGUUUCCUCAUCGUUUUAUAUGUUCGAAAAAUGGGUUUAACUUUUACAACAUUUACACACAACAAUACACAAUAUCUUAUAUUAUUUAUAAUAAAUUUAAUUAUGGG